UGUGUGCUGUUUUCAUUUCCUUGUUGUCAUAAUGAGGACUCACCUAUUUGUGGUUCUGCUCUGGUGCGCUGCAGCUCUUCCUGGCCUCCUUGCGGCUCCGCCUUUGCCGGCAGUCACCUGUGACAAGGAAAACGUGGCGGUAGCUGUGAGCCUCAGUGUCCAACACAUCAAUAGAAAGCACAAGCAUGGAUUCAGAUUCAAGCUGCAGGUGAUCCAGAGCAGCAGUUAUCAACAGGUAUCAGGAGGUUGCCACAUAGAUGUGAAUGUGAAGCUGGUGCAGACCAAAUGUCACUUCACCAACCCCAAACCUGAUGACCAAUGUGAGCUGUGGCGACUGGAUGAACUGGGUGCAGUGGCCACCUGCAGCAUUGAAUUUUGGGUGAUGUGGGGCGUGGCCAAAGUCACCAGACACGACUGCAUCACCAGACCAGAACUUACCAACGAGGAGCUUGUGACAAUUUGUCCCUAUUGCCCCAAGAUGCUACCUCUGGAUGACCAGACAGCUGUGAAGGCGGUGCAUGAAGCUGUGGUCAAGUUCAACCGGGAGAACAAACACAAGAAUUACUUCACCCUGAUGGAAGUGGCUCAUGUGACAAUGGGGUCCGUUACAACCAUUGGCACGAUUACCUUUCUCAAGUUUGCCUUGGUUGAGACCACGUGUCCCAGAGGUGCCAGGAAUACUUUUGUGGCCUGUACGCCUCGCUGUCCGGACAGAGCUCAUCAUGCCUUUUGUCAAACCUCCUAUUACAACUUGCACAGACGAGUGGGAGAACUUAAGUGUGAAUUAUAUCUACCAAAAAAUCCAGGCCCCCAUCCGACUGAUGUGCCAGAGCCCGUAUGCAGGACUUUGUUCCACCAAAGUCCGGAAGCUUGUGUUUGCAAGGCGCGGCUGCACAACCCCAAUCAGGCGAUCCACCACAUUUGUCCAUUCCCGCUUAAGUGAUGUCACCUCUUGUAAUAAAAAAAAAAAGGGAAAGUACUUUGCUGGCACUUAUGUGAUCAUACUUGAUUCAAGAACACUUCAUUGCUGUUUAGUCUUUCCUUAAGUUGGCGUUCUUAUCCUGGUCUUGGUCAAUUCUAAUUGUACUAAAGUGGUAGCUUUUUUAUUUUUAUUUUUUGAGCAAUUCAUUCCUGGACCUGCCUUGUCACUCAAUCAUCUUGCAUUAUGAUUGGAAAUUCCAUUAAUCUGAUCUUGCCUCCCCCCCCAAAAAAUGUACUCUAUACUUAAUACAAAUGUACAGGAAUAUUAAAGAAUUAAACUGACAAACUGCUGUUUUGGUGUGCCUUGGCCACUUGUGGCAAGUAUACUGUUGACAUCUAAGGUCUUCUCAGCUCAUCAGUCUGGCACUAAUUCUUUGCAAAUGAUUAAGCAUACCUUCCUUGAUUUGUGUGUGUGUGUGUGUGUGUUCUAGUAAUGGUGUUCAGAUAUGUUGCUUAAAGGAUAACAAUGCCACGUGCUAAUUCUUAGCCUGUGUUGAGUUUCCCAUUGAAUUUUAAU